AUGUCUUUAAUUUUACUUAAUUUUAGAAAUACGUCAUUUAUCUCUUAUCACCUCUCUACGAAGAGCUCACCAGUGAAGGGGACAAUUCAAGCCAUUGGAAAAUUAAAUUAAGAAAAUUAGCAAGGGAGUUUCUUUGCAAAGGUGGAUAUGAGCCGUGUAUUGAAGAAGCUCGAUAUACUUUUCAGAAUUUGAUGGAUCAAAACAUUAUAGAUUUCGGAAUACGAAUUGAAAAUCUGCAUAUUUGUCCAAUUUUAAGAUGGGGUACAAUGAAAGAGUGGAUACUCAUACUAAAUUAUGUGAUAAAUUUCCCCGAAAAUGGAAUAAAGAGUGAAAGAACAUUUCUACUGAAAUCAUUAGUUGGAUGUCCGUUUCAAGAAAAUAAAAUUCAUCACUUACUAAAUUUGACGCUAUUACAAAAUAACUCAGUAUUCUCUAGCGGGGAUUUAUUUAUAAUUAUUAGAACAUUAGCCAAGGAACCUGUUGGAUAUAAAACUCUCUUUGAGGUUCUGUCGAAUAAUUUUAUGGAAAUAAAAGUUCGUUUUCAAAAUGAAACCAAUCUAUGGGACACUAUAAUAAGUUCGGCUACUGGAAUGUUUAUAACUCAGCAAGGGUAUGACAAGGUUACACAACUAUAUAGAACAUUCAGAGGAUUAUUUAAUAGUGCAGAUCAUAUUAUUCAAAGAUCUAUAAGAAAUAUCAAAGAAGAAGUUAAAUGGAGUAAUGAAGCUAUUCCAGACCUUGAGAAAUGGCUUGAUAAUUAUUUUAACAAAACACUUCAAUAAAUUUUGCACUUAACAAAAAAUAAAUGAUUAAACAUUGAAAAUAUCUA